UAUUUUUCAUAAACGAAGGCCACGCGGCAUGCAGGUAAGCGGGAGCCAUCAAAGAAACGCUUCAUAGCGUUACGAUUUCUCGAUUGAGAAUUCAAAAACCAAACCAAACCAAAAUUUCUUACUCUAAUCAAAACCAAUCAGACACUAAAAACCUGUUUAAUCCUUACUAAUCCUCCCUCAGAUUCUUUCUCCGAUUUACAUUUCCGGGAUUCGACUUUAUGUGGAUUGGACUUUCACAAGUCGCUUAAAGAAUUGAUUAAGUUGGUUAUACAACUUAAGAUUUCAUUACAACUAUGGGAAACGCCCACCGUGGAGGAACUAGGAAAGCAAAUGACGGUGCGAGGAUCAUAUUGACAACGUUAGUGGGAGUGGUCUUUGGAUUUUUUCUGGGUGCUUCAUUUCCUACAGUGUCUCUAACUAAGAUUAACUUACCUUCAAGCAUUAUAUCAUCUCUUGAUGUAGCCAUGGAUGUGCAAAAAUCCCCUAGAACCAGGAUAACUGAGACUCAUAAUCAGGGAUCACCUAAAAUUCCGAAGAUAUAUGUGCCAACAAAUCCUCGUGGUGCAGAGUCAUUGCCUCCUGGAAUUGUUGCUUCAGGAUCCGAUUUUUAUUUACGUAGAUUAUGGGGUGAACCCAGUGAGGAUCUAAAUAAAAAACCCAAGUACUUGGUUACAUUCACUGUGGGAUUUGAUCAGAGAAAAAAUAUUGAUGCAGCAGUGAAAAAGUUCUCUGAUGACUUCACAAUUUUACUUUUUCACUAUGACGGUCGGAUUACUGAGUGGGAUCAGUAUGAGUGGUCAAAGAAUGCAAUUCAUAUCAGUGUCAAGAAGCAAACAAAAUGGUGGUACGCAAAAAGGUUCUUGCACCCUGAUGUUGUAGCUGCAUAUGAAUAUAUUUUUAUCUGGGAUGAAGACCUUGGAGUUGAGCAUUUCAAUGCAGAGAAGUAUAUUGAGUUAGUGAAAAAACAUGGUUUGGAAAUUUCCCAACCUGGACUUGAGCCUAACAAUGGACUGACAUGGCAAAUGACAAAGAGGAGAGGCGACAGAGAGGUUCACAAGGAUACAGAAGAGAAAGCAGGCUGGUGUAGCGACCCUCGGUUGCCUCCUUGUGCUGCGUUUGUAGAAAUCAUGGCUCCCGUAUUUUCUCGUGAAGCUUGGCGAUGUGUGUGGCAUUUGAUUCAGAAUGAUUUGGUACAUGGAUGGGGGUUGGACUUUGCUCUCAGAAGAUGUGUAGAGCCAGCGCAUGAGAAAAUUGGCGUAGUUGAUUCACAAUGGAUUGUUCAUCAAGUAAUUCCUUCUCUUGGGAGUCAGGGAAAAUCUGAGAACGGGAAGGCUCCAUGGGAAGGGGUAAGAGAAAGGUGCAGAACUGAAUGGGCUGAGUUUCAAUCUCGGCUCGCAAAUGCUGACAAAGCAUAUCUGGCUCAGAUUAGUAAGGCGAAGGCAAAACGUUUAUUAUAUAAGAGAGCAGGCUUGUGAAGUUGUCUCAGUUGUUAUUAUGUAAAUGUCCUCUUCUAACCUUGAGGAUUUCUUUGUGUCCUUGAGCGAGAUAAUACGUUUAUUGUAGGAUUUUUUCAUUUUGUUUACUGAUAGAGAAAUAAUUCAUAUUAAAAGGCAAUACACAACAACAGUCGUUUCCCAAUUGUCUCAGUCUAUGUUGUGGUGACGAGGGCAAUAUAACAAAAUUAGUUUUUAGAAGUUGAACGAAGUAAUAUGAAUAUGAUAACUUUGUUUAUGUUA